AUGACUGUAAAUCUAUGUAAAAGCAACAACCAGUUUAUUCAUCUCCGAGUAAGAACUAAUCAAAAUCAGGAGUACCUCUUUACCGCGGUGUAUGCUACUCCUAAUGAGAAUGAUAAGAAACUGUUGUGGGAAGAGUUGUCAAAUAUCUCUACUACUGCCAAUGAUUUGUGGCUCCUAGAAGGUGAUUUCAAUGAUAUAGCUGCGAGCACAGAGAAAAAGGGUGGAUUACAACCGUCCCAAAGCAGAUGUGCCUUGUUCCGUAAUAGAAUUAAAAAUUGCAACCUGAAUGAUCUUGAAGCUAAAAGUCCGAAUUUCACAUGGCGUGGCCCAAUUUUCCAUGGUGGUCAACGUAUUUAUGAAAAACUUGAUAGAGCCCUAAGUAAUGACAAUUGGAGAUGGUGUUUUCCUGAUGCGAUUGUUAAAGUUCUGGUUCGGGUCGAAUUCUCGGAUCAUCAUCCUAUCCUCGUCGUUCCUACUAUGGAUAUUCAUAACAAGCCUAAUAAGCCAUUUAGGUUCGAAAAUGCUUGGCUCCUAAAUAACUCUUAUCAUGACAUGCUCCAGCAAGUUUGGAAUAACGAUUAUUCCAUGACGCGGAAUCUCAAAAACACUAGAGAUGGUAUUAAGGAUUGGAAGUAUGACACUUUUGAUGAAGUUGAAGGAAAAAAAGCUGAACUCAUGCGACGGUUGAAUGGCAUUCAGAAAAAUCUGUAG